AUGGAACUUAAUAUCGCCCCUCAAAUAAAUAUAUUGAUCUUGUACCUUACACUUUUUGAAAUUUUUAACUUUAUUGGAAAAGUACAGCUUGGAUUUUAGAGACUAAUUUAACUGCAUUUAUAAAACUUCUUGCGUCCAAACCUAAAUUUUAUUCAUAGUCUCAAUUUAAAUGUGGGAGGUGUAUGGGCAAGCACAGACUACAACUUUUAAAGUUUCUGUCACUAAUUGUAGGGAUUCAGUAAUUUUACUUGCAAGCCAACAUGUAAAACUUUAGAUGAGAUUUAGGCAACAUUAGAUUGGUAAGGAAGCUUUCGGUUUAAGUUUAUACUACAAAUGUUAUACUUAUAAUCAAUAUUUAAAUAGUUUUUAAAUCCAAACAGACCUGAAAAUUAUGUAUAACCUUAUUUAAUUUUCUUCUUUUGUUCCAAAUAAAAUGAUGGUUAAUACAAUAUAUUUGUCAGAAAAAAGAGGGUUACAACUGAUCAAGAAAUAAUAAUGUAUUCAAUACAAAAAAAUGAAAAACUUUUACCUUUUAAAAUUAUGGAGGUUAAAGAGAAUAAUUUGAAAUUUCUAAAAUCACUAAAGAAAUCCCUAUUCUUAUAGAAUUAAUAUAAAAUUCUUAAGACUUGA